UGGGAGCAUAAAAGAUGACAACAGCAGCUAGGCCAACUUUUGAACCUGCGAGAGGUGGGAGAGGAAAAGGAGAAGGUGAUUUGAGCCAACUCUCAAAGCAAUAUUUGAGUAGAGACCUACCUUCUCAUACAAAGAUAAAAUAUAGACAAACUACUCAGGAUGCCCCUGAAGAGGUUCACAACCGUGACUUCAGGAGAGAGCUGGAAGAGAGAGAGCGAGCUGCUGCAAGAGAAAAAAAGAGAGAUCGUCCAACACGAGAACAUACAACCUCCUCUUCAGUAUCAAAGAAACCUCAGUUAGACCAGCUUCCUGCUGUCAACCUUGAUGCAGAUGAUCCUCUAAUGGAUGAGGAAGAUGAAGAUGAAGAUUUUGAAGAGGAGAGUGAUGAUGAUGAUACUGUAGCUCUUCUUGCAGAAAUAGAAAAAAUUAAAAAAGAAAGAGCUAAAGAGCCGGCCAGGAAGGAACAAGAACAGAAAGCUGGAGAAGAAAGAAUACGUAUGGAAAACAUUUUGAGUGGAAACCCUCUCCUGAAUCUCACUGGCCCAUCCCAGCCUCAGGCCAACUUCGAAGUUAAAAGAAGGUGGGAUGAUGAUGUUGUUUUCAAGAACUGUGCAAAGGGUGUAGAUGAUCAGAAGAAAGACAAAAGAUUUGUAAAUGAUACGCUGCGAUCUGAAUUUCACAAAAAGUUCAUGGAGAAAUAUAUUAAAUAGUACAGUUUUAUGUGCUUAAUUAAAGACUGUAAAAUGU